CUCAUCAUCGCCAUCCUUCGCUCCUCUGCAGCCAUGGAGCUCCGGCAGGCGGAAUCGCAGCAGAGUCUGCGGAAAGCUCUGAGGUAGACGUGUGUAUGUUUUUGUAGGAUGGAUAGCGUGUACAAGAGAAGGUGGUCAUCAGGCACGCGGGCCGUAGUGUUUCUUCACACGCUGGCCUUAUCCUGGGCAGGUGCUGUUGAACCUGCCCCCAAAAUUGACGGACAUCGUCAAACGGUGAUGACAUUAAGAGAAAACAUGAUACACAGGUUCAACUGUCAUUCCGACGGCUGGCACACCCGUGCACCCACUUUGCUAACCUGGUACCUGAACGGUGAGCAACAGAGGCCGCGAUCACCCAAAGGAAGUCGGGGGAUGACACCCCAUAAAGACUCUGAGGUCACGAGACUGAGAGCGAACAGCACAUUCUCCCUGCGGGCCAGAAAGUGGGACAGAGAGCUGAUGUGUGUGGCACUCAACCCCAAAUCAGGCGAGAGCCACAAUGCCACAGUCACACUCAAUGUCCAAUUUCAGCCUGAGAUCGUCAGGGUCAGCGCACACUCCAGUGAAACCUCAGACCCCGGCCUUUUGUUAGUCCUCUUUGCACUGGUUCAGUCCAACCCGCCUGCCACCUUCACCUUGGCCGACCAGUCUGGCCUACUGGUGGCUAACACUUCGGACAUCUUCAUCCUCGACUCGCACAGCUACCCCUGGUUGACCAAUCACACAAUGAGAGUCACUCUCAGUAGCCUCUCAGGAAAUAUCUCGCUGAACGCCAGCAACAGUGUGGGCACAGCGCAAAGUAACAUCACGCUGGCAGAGUUCCUGCAAUCUCGUGUGGAAGUGCCGAUGCUGGGAAUCGUGACCGGAGGCUCCAUGGCCUUCAUGGCCCUUCUCAUUCUCAGUCUGAUAGUCCUCUGCCUCAUGCAAAAACCAACAAGCAAGUCCAUUGAUGAGACGGUGGAGAUUUUAAUGACUAAGAAAAGUGACUCAACCAACCUGAAAGCAGAGAGAACUUACAUCCCCAGAGAGAACAUGUCUCUUCCUUCUAAUAUGCAGCUCAAUGACCUCAGCGCUUUGAAAAAAGCGCGAGAGAACACCCAGCAUGUCACUGGGGGAGAGAAGAAGACAGAUGAGGAGGAUGAAGAUCUGUCUUUAGCCUAUGCUGCCAGAGGCUUUGCCAGAUAUCCAAUGGUGGGCUACAUCUACAAGGUGAAUAGCACAAGCAGUGAGGAGAUCUGGCUUUGACUAAUCUCAAAGGCACCUCGCAAGUUAUACAGCUCCAUGCAUGACUAUUUGAACAGAGACUCUGCGGCAAGUCCCCCAUUUGUCACUUCAACAUGUUGGUUCCAAAUCUGUCGUUGGAUCACACAAGCUAUCGCUGCUUCAACAGUUGUAUUGAUAAAAAUGUGCGUGACCUCUAAAACUAAAGUGUUGCUGUCCCACCUGUAACCAUAUGCUCAUAGUGUUCUCUUUUCAAACGGAGCCCCUAUAAGGUGACAUGCAGGAAAAAAAAAAAAAAACAACGUUCCCUCGCAGAUAACGCUUUUUUUUUUUUUAAUGCGCGUUUAUGUACUUCCGGGGUCAGUUUGGCUACUGUGGCCUUGAACGCGCGGCUGAUUGAGAGACUACGCUUCAGGUGUUUUUCGCUUAUUUCGAAUCCCUGCUUGAAAUCAAGAACAGAUUUUAUGGCUUUUUUAUUUUAAGCCAAUUUCAAAGUAAAAUUCAAUUAAAAUUGCCCACGGGUAAAAACGCUCAAUAUUUGUCGCUUUCGUUUACUCGAAAGAUAACUCUGAAGUACAUAAACGGGUAAAAAAAAAAAGCGUUCGCAUGCAAAAGAAAAAAAAAACGCGUUAUCUCGCAAUCUUUGCGAGAUAACGCCGAGGUUUUUUUCCCCCCUUUCAUGUCACCUUAGGGCGGGCUCCGUAAUUUCCUGCUGUUUGAAAUGGAAUGCCUUUAUUCUGCUAUGCACACUCCAGAAUCUCUCAGAUGACAUACUGUGUAUAAUAUUUUACAAAUUAAUUUGAUGCAAAAAUGUAUUUACAUGUAAAUUAUGGAGAAGGUUACAGAUAAAUGUGUAUUUGUACGUGUAUUCACAUGAAGAUCGUACUGAAUAAAGUCAACGUAUGUUUCUCCUUGAUCGUGGCUCUUCUGACAUCCACCAGGGGGUGCUAAAUAAACGUGUUUCUGGUAUUUGUGAAGAGUUGGUGAACAGUGCUGAAAUACGACGCAAGGGGAGGGCCUGUGCCUUUUGUACUGUAAGCUUUCGUGAUUAUACGUUUUUUAAUGCUAGAAUAGCAACUACGGGAUCUGAUUGCAUGACUUUUGUGGACAUAGAUGAAUGUGUGCUGUGUGAGUGAGAACCACCACCAGGUGCUGUUUGUGGCUCACAAGGUUUCGAUGCAGCAGUUCAGACAGGAAGCUGUGUCUCGCUGUGGGUAAACGUAUCUGCUUCCUGAAGCACCUCAGAUGCAUUUGCGUGCUCAAGACAGAGACAAGAAAAAGCGACAGCACUGGGAGCACGACUGAUCUACAUUUUAUGCACAACUCCGAUGACACAAUGAAAAGCGACAAAGUUUUAUCUUCUUUUCUGGUUGUUUGGACGCUGACUGAAUUUGUCUGCUGUGACGAAGGUACAGUUCAUCGAAGGAUGGGAUUUUGUUUAUGAAACUGUCACUUGAUGAAAAGGCACCGUAUGGUAUAACCUGAUGAGUCCAUUCAUGUUUUUUGUUCUUCACAGACAUUCAAGUGAAACCUGGACCCUCAGAAAUUACUAUUUCAUGUGGCG